UCAAGAAUAUUAUAAUUUAGCGUUAACACUAAAACAAAUAAUGUGGUAUACAUUAUCUGUAACCACAUAUCCUUAUCCGAAACUAAAUUCUGUUGCAAAACUAGCUUUUGCACAGCUUCCAUCAGAGUUUGAUUCGAAUAAUCUGACUACAUGGGAACAAUUCAUCCAAGCUUAUGGGACACAUGUUGUUGUUAGUGCUGAUAUGGGCGGCCUUGUUUGGGCUGAGACUUGGUAUGAAAAAUGUUUGUCAUACGAAGAAUCAGAAACAUGGAUUAAUAAACAAGUGGAAAACAGUUGGAUUCUUUUUAGCACAGGAUACAAAGGUGACGACCAUAAAUCCCAAAUUGAUCAAAGGUUUAAACAAUAUUCUAUUUUUGAGUCGCUAUUACUCGGUGGUACAGAAUCAGUCGAACCAUCAAAGUGGUCAGAGUGGAUACCAACUGUUAGAAGUAAUCCUCGCCCGACAUUCUAUCGUCUAAUGCCACUGUAUACGUUGCUACCAAGCGGCAAACAGCGAAAAGCAUUACAAGCUGCCAUAACGUACUUUCGUCAAACAGCCGAUACUACUGUAAAAGAAUAUAUCUCAGAAUUAGAAUCCGUCGCUUCGCCGCCAGUCAAAUGCGGGCGUACUCCACUUGAAUCCACUGCGCGUCACAUUAGCAAAAGAGAUGUAAAUUCAACUAACAAUACAGAUAUACCAGUUGACUCGUCGAAUUUUACUCUUCCUGAAACGAAAUCAACUAACUUUACUACAGCUAAGGCACGAGAAGUGCUGUGUCCCAUCGUUGGUUAUAAAGGUUCAUUUUGUCCAGGUGAUAACAAUAGUACAAACAGCAGUGGUGCUGCAAAGCAACGUCGAAAAAGAGCGUCUUCCAUUAACUUGCCACAUCUACCACAUGGUGUUGGUAUAACAAUUGAUAUUACUACUGGUGAGCUAUUAUUACCCGCAUUGGAAUGGACAUUUCCAUCAUCUCCUGGAAGCCACCAAAUAUGGACGGAUUCAUACUCGAACCAAUCCUAUGUUAUACCGAACGAUGUCACUGUUACAGAUGCAUUAGCCGACGAAAACAUACCGACCGUUCAUAUUUUUAAAACACAAAGAGAACUGGCUAAUGAAUGGACACAAGGUUAUGGUAAGAGCAGCUGGUUAGGUGGACAAUUUGGAUUAGUUAAAAGUAUUCUUAAUUUGUACAAACAGUUUUUCACUGAUAAUCAGGCAACAGCUAUCAGUCAAAAUCCGUUAGCCUUGUACAAAUUAUCAGUUGAAAAUUUAAGACUGAAUCCAUAUGCAAAAGAAGCUGUAUCAGCUCUUCCGUUGGUUUACGAUGACGUAGCGUAUAACGAUUUUAUAAACAGUUGGGGAACACAUAUUGCCGUGGAAACCCUCAUCGGGGGGAUGACAGAACAGCAGAUUCUAUUCAAAAACUGCCUCUUUUCCUUUUAUGGUGCACUAACCAAUACAAAUCUGGAAGCCUAUUUAAAACAGGAUUUAUUAUCACAAACAUCCUAUACCGACUAUUAUGUGCAGCGACGGAAAAUUGAACUAAAUCAUCGUUUAGGAGGUGAUAUCGAACAAACAAACUUAACUGAAUGGCAAAGAACAAUUAGUCUGAAUCCUGCUCUCUUGAAAAUUACUGGAUAUCGACCGUGGUCCGAUUUAAUUACAGAUGAAACUAAGAAGUCAAAUCUUGAGAGAGCUAUAACAGCUCGAACGGAUAAAGCAAAUUUAAUCCGGAGCAAAGAAGAAAGUGAAAUUAAUGAACAACGAGUUAAUGGUAGUUAUCAGUCCGUUUCAGCUUAUGUAGGUAUUCUCAUAAAUGGUAUUUGCAACGUGACUGGACCAAUUACAUUAGGCAAUGUUAGUCAGUGUGGCACGGGUAAUGGUUGCAGUACUCCAGUACUAAUCAAAUCUCAAACAGCAGAUUUUCUAGCUGAUCAUCCUUUACGUUACGUGAGGGAUUCAGCCACAGGAUUUUUUCGGGCUAAACUCAAUGUUGGCACAAAUUCUGUUUAUCAAGGUAUUAGAAUCGAUGUGGGAUGUUCCUUCUUCUCAACUCCAACUGAACAGUCGAGUGCCGUUUAUCUAUGUUCUGGGUGUAUUCUGACAGCCAGCUUUUCAAAUCGAUGUACAUGUGUUUGUCCAACAUACCAAAAUCAAGCAUAA